CUCUGCAGGCCGCGCCCUCUGCAAAGGGCAGCAACUGUCGAGAGGGCGCUGCUUGGCAGCCAGACGGUUCUAGAACCACCCAGGGAUAAGAGGAGGGCCCCCCCAGUGAAGUCCUGCGCCAGCCUCUGCCAUGGCCAACGAAGCGCAGCCCUGCCCGUGUGACAUCGGCCACCGGAUGGAGUAUGGCGGCAUGGGAAAGGAGGUGACCGUGGGGCACAUCAGGGCGUACGUCACCCGGGCGCCCGUGGACACCGGCAAGGCCGUGCUGGUCAUUCAGGAUAUCUUCGGCUGGCAGCUGCCCAACACCAGAUACAUGGCCGACAUGAUCGCCAGGAACGGAUACACAACCAUCCUCCCAGACUUCUUCGUGGGGCAGGAGCCCUGGGACCCCUCCUCGGACUGGUCCACCUUCCCGGAAUGGCUGAAAACCAAAAAUGCCAGGAAGAUCAAUAAAGAGGUGGAUGCCGUCCUGCAGUUCCUGAGGCAGCAGUGCGGCGCGCGCGCCAUUGGCGUGGUGGGCUUCUGCUGGGGCGGCGUGGCUGUGCACCACGUCAUGACCACCUACCCCGAUUUCCGGGCCGGGGUGUCCAUCUACGGAAUCAUCAGGGAGCCAGGGGACGUGUACGCCCUGAAGAACCCCACGCUGUUCCUGUUUGCUGAGAAUGAUACUGUGAUCCCGCUGGAGCAGGUCUCGGUGCUGACCCAGAAACUGAAAGAACACUGCAGAGUGGAUUACCAGAUCAAGACGUUUUCUGGGCAGACUCACGGGUUCGUGCACAGGAAGAGAGAAGACUGCUUGCCCGAGGACAAGCCCUACAUCGACGAGGCCAGGAGGAACUUGCUCGAGUGGCUCAGCAAGUACGUCUGAGUGCAGACUCUGCCCAGACGUGUGGCCUGAAACACUGUCAUUUGGUUUAAUUCUCACUUUGUACAAGAUAAACCGAGAAAUUCUGA